GGGCUGAAUAGGGACUUUAAAUUAGGUGAGAAAACUUGAAUCAACCCAACAGCGUUUUCGCAUCAGUCACUUAUUGCCAUGAACUUUUCUCAGAUAUAUAAGAUCACGAACUUGUAUCUCAAACCACAUUGACCCACUGUUUGAUUAGUGAAAUAGUCUUCUUAGUCCACAGAAACUGGCCAGUCAAAUCCAGGAUUUGAAAGAACUGACUCUUCUUACCCAGUUAAAUUAGACUCCGAUAACAACGAUUCCUCGGUGGACUGGUGCGAGAUUUCAAGAGAUAGUCUUACUCUCGGAGAGAAGUUUGGAACAGAAUCUGACGGAGGAACGUUUCGAGGGAAACUUUCUCUUGUGAAUGGAAAUAUAGCAAAUUGUAUCGUGAAAACAGCUAAGGGUAUUGAAUCAUUGACCUCUUUUUGUCUUUUCCAGAUAUAGUGCUAAACACUUCCUCUCAGCAUAAACGGACAAUUGCUCUGAAAAGGUCAACUUUUAACAAAUCUAAUCCGAAUUUUUGAACAAGAAAUACCGUUACACGGGGUGUUUCUUGCGUGUCUUCGAUUUGGUUACAUUUCCUUUCAGAUAUUCAUGGAGGAGAUAAUUUGAAGCGCAAAUUGAUAAGACUUUCAUGCAGACGUAAUGAUUGCUACUGAUGGCCGUCCAAUCAUGGCCAUUGAGCGCAUUGCAAAAUCAGCUAAGAACUACAUCCUUUUCAUUUUUCCAGAUUCUAAAGAAAGUCGAUCAUCAGAUAGCGAGAAUGGUCUGUUAACUGAACUUAAAAUCUUAAGCUGCUUGGGAAGCCAUCCCAACAUACUCAACCUCUUCGGGGCUUGCACUUUAAAAGGUCCUACGUAUCUCGUCUUUGAGGAAACGGAAGAUGGCAGUCUUUUGGAAUAUCUUAAGAAAAACCAAAUGAGUGAUGAAAUGAAUUCUACUCGAAACUUUUGCACGUUAUCCAAAGUGGAAAAAUUAAAAAUAGCUCUUGAUGUGUCCAACGGAAUGAAACAUAUAGCAGAGAGAAAAUGUAUUCAUAAAGAUCUCGCUGCCCGAAACGUUCGUCUUGGUAAAAACUGCACUGCCAAAGUCACUAAUAUUGGCUGCUUUAGUGGUGACCGCGAUCGGACAUUCUAUGAAGACAUUGCAAAGGGAAAGUUACCAGAAGCAAGAUGGAUGACCCCGGAAAGCUUAGAAACGAAGGAUUUCUCGUCUGAAUGCGAUGUAUGGUCUUUUGGCGUAUUACUUUGGGAGAUUGAAACUGGAGGUGAUGUUCCUUAUCCUGGAAUUCAGGCAAGAGAUCUGCUAGAAAGUUUAAAAUCUGGAUAUCGUAUGGAAAAACCAAUGAAAACUUCUACUGUUGUCUAUGAAUUGAUGACCAAGUGUUGGCAGUUCUCAGCCAGAGACAGACCAAAGUUCAGUGAACUAUGCAUGGUGCUGGACACCCUGGUUACCAGGGAGACCUCUGAAUAAUAAAAUUGGCCCAUUAUUUCUCUCGAAUGAUUCUCAAUUAAGUCGAGAUUUUUAUUUCGUUUUAUCUUCAAGAGCCAAGUUUCGGCAGGCAGCUCAAUUCUCAGCUCAUACAGACUCGACUCCCAAGUAUUUUGUUGAUUACAGCCUUCAAACAUUCCCCAGCUGCAUUGGUGAUCUAUCUUGUUUGUCACGCGACUACGCGGCAUGGUGAUCAAUUCGGAAAGUAAAGAAAUAUUAUUCACCAUUUCCAAAAAAAAAAAUUAUAGAACACCACUGAGAAUAAUUGGCUAUGUCUAACAACCACCUAGAGAGAAAAAUCUUGAUAUAGAUUCAUUUGUUGUACAGUGAAGAUAUUUACUAAGAAGAGAAUGCUUUUCCUGCUGGCAAAUAAACUUGACUUAACAGUUUAA